CUUCGCAUUCGCCGGCUGGAAUAAGAUUGCCGAUUCUGAACGAUAUCACCUCUCGCAAAAGCCUUGAGCAGUUGAGAAUCAUUAACCAGCACUGCCAUUGAAAACAUUACCUCAUAAGCAGCUCUCUCUUUUGGUGCAUGCGUAGACUUUGAUCAUUUUACUACUUUCAAAGUUUUUCUGAGAGAAAUGAACUCAGUGGCCGUGGAUCCUGUGAGUAAUGACAUUGAACCUAAAAGAAUUGGGUCGCUUGGUACAACAAGCAGUGCAGGCUCUUCAUUUAGAAGGCGCUCUUUGAGUAUAUCACGAGCUCAUUCCUUUCAAUUAAGCGAUGACAUUGAAAGUGAGGCAGUUUCUCUGGCAGGAGAUGCUGGUGAUUUGGCUCUUCAUAGCAGUAGGCAUAGUCAGAGUAGCAGAAUAAGCUUUUCCAUUGAUAACGCAUUGGAGAGUGGUGCAGUGUUUCCAAUUCCAGAAGAUAACAUGUUGCGAUCAUAUGGAUUUUGGGGCCGUGAUCCACCAACACAAAAUGCAAUCUCCCCUGUGUCACCAAUGCCAGAGGAAAUCAUAUCUCCUCUUUCCACAACUGCACUGAAUUUCUCUGAGGAGAAAGAUCAAGAUGAAGAUGAAGCUCUGCCUUUGUUUUUGGAGUAUAUAUAUUGUCUUCUCCAUUUAGCUGUUUUUGGAAUUCUUGGGAUUUUAUCCAGAUAUUUGUUGCAGAGACUCUUUGGGCCUAGUACUGCUGGUCUAACCAGCCAUCAAAGCAUUCUAUACCUGGACCUUCCUUCUAAUAUGGUUGGUUCCUUCUUGAUGGGUUGGUGGGGGGUUGUUUUCAAAGAGGAGAUAUCUAGAGUGUCUAAUCAUUUGGCAAUUGGAUUGACAACUGGAUAUUUGGGAAGCCUUACAACUUUCAGUGGUUGGAAUCAGGAUAUGCUUGAUCUCAGUGUACAUGGACGCUGGCUAUUUUCUCUAUUUGGCUUUCUAUUUGGCCUGUUUCUUGCAGAUCGUUUCCUCAUUUUUGGGAUUGAGACGGCUAAGGGUUUCCGCUGGUUAGUCAAAAGGGUAAACAGAAGUAAAGAAAGAGAAAUGUGUAGCACUAAGAGGAAGUGGAGGGUGAACAGGUACAGUCGACAUUGGGCAGUAAUGGUAGUGUUACUGCUGUUUCUUGGUGUUUUAUGGAGUGUCAGUGGAGCUUUGCUAAAGGAGGAGUUCAACAGUACUAGCAGCGGACCUCAGUUGUGGCUGGCUUGCUUGGUUGGACCACUGGGUGUGUGGAUCAGGUGGUUCUUAGCUCGACUUAAUGGCCGUGGGUUAGGAAAGGCAGGAAUCUUAAGGUGGGUUCCAUUUGGGACCCUAGCUGCUAAUGUUUCUGCAGCUUGUGUCAUGGCAGGGUUGGCUACCUUGAAAAAAGCGGUAAAUACCAGGACUUGCGAAACUGUUGUAGAUGGUAUUCAGUUGGGAUUCUUGGGUUGUUUGAGUACCGUUUCUACUUUCAUUGCCGAGUUCAAUGCAAUGAGAGGAAGUCAUCGGCCUUGGAGAGCAUAUGCUUAUGCCCUAUCUACAAUAGGUCUCUCAUUUGUUUUUGGGGUUCUUCUCUACGAUUUACCCGUUUGGGUAAAAGGCUACAAGUAAAACUUGAUGCGUUUCGAUGCCAGUCGCUUUCUUUUGGAUAUGCUUCUAAGCAGUGCGGAGAAUGAUGCAGAAACUUGAAUUUAUCAGGGAGAAAACCCAGCAACGAUUUAUAAAUUAUUGGAGUCAAUUCUAAUUGUAAGAUGCAUAUUUCUAUAUAACUUCUGAUUCUUUUUCUUGGAAUCAAAGUCUGUCUUUUUAAAGAGUAGUUAGCAUUAGACCAUUAGGUUUCAGACUUCAGUUAAUGAGAUCGAGAUAAUUGUUUCUUUGGAAAUUGUAAAUGAAACCUUGUUUUAUCAUGCUACAGAAGUUAUUGAGAAUGAGAAAAUAGAAGGGAAGAGUUUCAUGGUUUUUGAAGAAAUCUUGACAAUAAUC